CUAGGUCUUUUGUACCUCGGUGCCGUGGUGCCAAUAUAUAUAUAUAUAAUAUAUAUAUAUUGUAUGUAACAUCUGCACGUGUUGAGGAAGGCAUUCACCAGCAGUCUUUCUACACUUUACAGGCUGCAAAGCAAUUCAGCUCCUUCCGCCAGAAGCCCUGCCACAGAUUGAAGAAAUGGUUAGGAGUUAGGACCAUUAGGGCCUAACCGGGGUAAUUACACGCAUCGUUUGCAUGACAAAUCCUGACAAUGGCACCACUAGUGGUCAUGGAUCCAGUAAGACCCUGCAUAAGAAGAAUGCUGUGCUGAUGUGUAUUGUGUUGGUUGUUUGUGUAUACUAGCACCUACGCAUUCAUAAGCCGACAAAGAUCAUCCGGUUCACUGGACAUCUCUUCUGGACAAGGCAAAUCCCCAUUGUGAUGUCCAUGCGGAUAAGAAAAACUUCACAAGAGACACCAUUAACAGGGAGGGCCUUGUCUACUUCGAGGAUUCUUCACUCCAUGACUCGAUGACUGAGCAUAUCAGGCCAGCCCUGCGGCUGUAUGAUGGGCGGCUGCUGUGGUGGGGGCUGCUGCGUCAUGGGUGGUUGCCCUGGCCCAGGCAAAGGGCCCUGUGCUAUGGGCCGCUCCAUGGAGCCCAACCUGGGAUCCGGACCGAGCUCCUGUGGCGGCUGUUGCGGCCAAUUGGGAGCACAACUCGGCUGUGGAGCCUGUGGAGCCUGUGGAGCCUGCACUGCGUGCGGCUGCACAGGAGGUUGUCCCUGUGGCGGCUGUUGCAGCGGUGGCUGCGGCCAGAUGGGCGCACUGUCAAACCUGAGCCCCUGUGGGCUGAAUGCCAACCUCGGCUGUGGUUGUGGGAGCUGUGGCAGCGCUUGCGGCGGCAACGGCUGUGUAGCCUGCCAGGGCUGUGGAAAUCAAGGCUGUGGCAACCAAGGCUGUGGAGGCCAAGGCUGCGGAAGCCAAGGCUGCGGAAGCCAAGGCUGUGGAAGCCAAGGCUGCGGUCAGGGCUGUGCGAACCAAGGCUGCGGAAAUCAAGGCUGCGGAGCCUGUGCAGCCUGCGGCUGUGGUGGCUGUGGUUGCAAUCCUUGCGGUUGCAUGCCCUGUGGUGGCUGCAUGCCCUGUGCCGGUGGCUGUGCCGGUGGCUGUGCUGGCGGCUGUGGAUGCAUGCCUUGCAGUUGUGGAGCUGGGGCCAAUGUGGAGAACUUCCGAGGCAACUGUGGUGGCUGCCCGACCAUGUGCGGGGCUGCCGCUGGUCCUAGCGGUGCCGGCACAUGUGGAUGCAGCGGUAUGUCAAACAACGCGGCAAGCUGCAGCUUUGGCACAGCGAAUGCCAGCGGUACGCCCACAGCACAAGGUGGUCAAGGCGGUGGUGACUCUGGCUGUGGAUGUGGCUGCAAUUUCAAUGGGCAGCUACCCUGCAUUGGCCUGUUGCCCCUUCAACAAGGUAUGCCAUUAGGGAUGCCCAUGGCCUUGAUUGGGGCAGGACCUGGCAGUUGCGGCUGCGGCGGUUGCUUUCCCGCUGGUAUUGUCAUGGUGCAGGACAACAUGCAACAACAGCAGCAGCCUCCAACGCCGAACCAACAAAUGACUCCACAAAUGGGGCAGAUGGCGCCCAUGACCCAGAAUCACCAGUGAGGAGAUGCCAGGUGUGACAUCUGUAGAGUGGUGUCAGUUCUUGGACAAUACGGCUCCAGGCUGCGCCGCGCACGGAAAGAGUGCUUG